AUGGCCUUUACAGACUCCUCCGUCUCUCCCGCUGCCAGCCACACCGGGUUUCCAGCCCUCGGCAAGGCUGCCAACGACGAUGGGGAUGAGGUCGGCACGCAGGACCCCUUCACGGUGACAUACCCGUCCUCUUCCCUACCGUCGUCGCACUCCAAUAUGAUCCAGUGCGUUCUGGGACGACCGCUGCCCUUUCUGUCGUCACCGCUGUCGCGCAACGCCAACUUGCGAAAUGGGAGCGGCUUAAGUGUUGGUGGCCGUCUACGCUAUGGAACCGAUCCCAUGAGCUGCAGCGGUUCUCCGCCACUGAGUUACGAUGCCUCUGUCGCGGCCGAUCCGUCGUCGCUCUCGCACACGGUAGCACAUGGCAGCAGCGACGAGGCCAGCACGCCUGGGGACGACUACAUAUUGAAGGAAGUGGACAUCUCUGAGUUGCUGCACGGCACCCUCUCCGUUCCAACGGCGCUACGCCCCUCGCUGUCACCCACGGGAGCAGCGCCAGUGGUCCGGACAGGGAUGCCAGCCGCAACCGUGCUGCUGCGCCACUCGCACGGCGGAAAAACACGGCUCUUGUACGCCGACGGUCACGUCGAGACAGUAGUGGCGGGUGGUGCAGCGAAGCCGCCAUCCAAACGGACGCAUGCGCCCAGUGCGGCGAGCCAUCGUCGCAUGUGCCCCGAUGACAAGAGAAGCCACCUUCGCACCUUGCCGCUGGACGCAGCCACGAGGGAGAAGGCAGCCCCGCCUCCGCCCCCUUCGGCGAGCGGACGGUGGCUACUCGAAUCCUUUAACGCCGUGGCGCAGGUGCACCAGCAGCAGCUGCCGGCCUUGGUGGAGCCCAUCGUCACGCUGCAGGCGGCCGGCACCGCCUCGUCCGCCAGUCCUCCCUCUCACGCUGCGGAGCGUAGUGCAGCGUGCCCGGUGGAGGCGGAGUCUAGCCGGCAGGCGACGAAGUUGCCGUCGCAGUCCUUCGUGACCGUUGAGCCGCAGCAACAGCAGGUCGCGGUGAACAUCACCCUUCCAUCCCCUUCACGACAAACGCCGCCAAGGCUGCCGAGCCACUUCAGCGAGGGCACAGGCAAAACAGAUCGGUCCAGUGAGCCCGCCGAGGCUGAAGGUGAUGAGGGCGGCCGUGGGCACAUAGGAGGCUUCCGUGACUUGAUACCGGCUUACCCGCCUCCGAUCACCACAGCCGCCCCGUGUAGCUGUUGCGAUGUCAACGAGAAGAGCGUGCUCACCGCAGUGGGGUCCACAGUCGGUGUGCAGCCCUCUCGCAACGCGAGCAACGUAGGCGAGGCCACCCUCAGCAAGGCGGCGGACGACCCAAAGACCGCAGUCGCGGCGGUGCAGCGUGGCGUUCGCGCGGAGCUCGCGGCCGAGCAGCAUGCUGGUGCGCAGGCUUUUGCGAGCCGCUACGCCCGCGACGUCUCUGCCUCGCCGUCCCUCUUCUCCCUCCGCUUCCCUUUCCGCCCGCUGUCCGAGCUGUACGCGUUUGCGGAUCGCCCUGACCACGAGGACGCCGCCGCCGCCGCCGCUGCGUCGCGGGCCGCGCGGAGCACCGAUGAACCCAGAGCGUCGUUCUUGGAGCACCGAGAGGCGGUCAGUCCCACAAGGGGAGUCGAGGACGCGCCUGCCAUUUCGCCAACUCGCGCACCACCACCACCACCGCAGCAGCAGCAGCAGCAGCAGACGCCCGACGUGCUGCUGCCAUACGCGCAGGUCACGACCCCGUCGGGUUUCACUGUGCCAGAGCUGCUGCAGGACCGUCUGCUGCCACGCGAGACACCAGCGCUGCAGCACAGGCUCAGCAAACUUUACGCCGUCCGAGGCCUCAUCGACGCGCGUGACUCGACGGCGUGUCGGUUCACUGUGUCGUUCAUGUGGUUUGUCCUCCUGCGGUGCCGCAAGGCACGCCGGGAACAGUCCCUCGUCCAUGGCCACCGUCUCCUUUCGAUCGCCUUCUCGGACGCCUUCCCGCACGUCUCCCUGGACGAGGCCUUGCCGCCGUUGGAUGUGCUGGAGCAGCUCCUGGUGGAGCUCCUGACCUGCCUACGCUACUCGGUAGAGGUGCAGAGCGCGACGAAUACCGCGACGAGUGCUGCCGCGGCAUCGAGUGCCGCAAGGGCUGCCAGCGCAUCACGGUGCGCAGGGGAGCCGCCGACGGCUGACGGUCUUGCGACUCUGACGAGGACGUCAGGCAGGGAAGCGAGCACGAGCGGUCGGCUGGCAAACGCGACCCCAACGUCGGCGCCGGCGUCUACGACGCACAACACAAGCGAUGCCCCCGGUGCGGCGAGCGUUGCCGCGGCUCCAUCAAAGGUGCCGCUGCGACUUCGGCUGCACGAACACGCCGCCUACUUCCCGCUGCUGCUGAGCCCGACAUGGUCGAAACUGGUCAACACGGGCGCCGUCGAUGCCGGCAGUGCCGACGGCUACCAAGAAUCGAAUUGCACGCAGCAGCAGGAGCAGCCGCACAGUCCACGGCGGCAAGAGGCGCAACGGAUGCUCCCCUCUGAAGAUGCCCUGGCCAUGCUCUGCAAGAUGUAUCAGGAUCUGUGGCUACACCACAGCGAGUACGUGCAGCUAUGCCUGUACGAGGAGCUUCUGCAGAAGCAGCUCGCUCUGCAGUUUGGCACCGUGGCAACGCAGCUGCAGCAGGGGGCGGUGAGCGCCGAGGCGUCGACGGUGGCUUCCACAAAGGCGUCCUUCGCCGCCGGCGUCUCCCAAGGCCUCCGACCGUCGGUGACAUGGCGUUCGUCUGCUGUAGCCAGUGAAACAUCCAUCGCCGGCGGCGAGGGCUGGGGUGCCCUCCGCGCAAGCCGAAGCGGCGCGCCGACGUCGGGGGGCGAUCUGCGGGCGUGGAAGAGGAGGAGCAACACCGCCAUGAUUACCAGCACGGCCGUUGCGCCUGCCGCAAUGGACGGUAUCCUCGAGAGCCUGCUGCUGCUUGUUGCGCACGCGACCUACUACAACUGUGUGUUCUGCUUCGCGAACGACGUGUGCGCUGGCAUGUUUGACGAGGAGUUCCGCGCGGAUGUGGUGCGCUGGCUUUUCGUAUGCUGUCACGGUGUUUACCUGGCGCAUGUGCAGGUGCGGCACUGGCCCAUGCCCGCCAAGGGCGACUACACGGAUGCGCAGCUGAAGCGCAGGGCCGCCACGGAGCUGGAGAUUUCGGCACUGGGCCUGCUGCCGACGUGCGAGCAGCAGACGGCGGGCCUUGUACACGCCGCUGUCGUUUCAGGUGUGCAAGGAAAGUCGUCGCACACCGCCAUCGCUGAGGCUGUGCGGUCCGCCUCGCUCGUCAUGGCCGCGGAGGACGGCACCUUCGACGUUGGCGACGUCGAGGCCAACAGCGAGGCCCGGGUAGUCUACCAACUCGACCGAUACGGCCGCUCCGCUGUGUUGCACGUGGCAGAGCUCGAGCGGAGCAUGGCGCUCCUCCAACGGCGCCACAUGACAGGCGAUCGGUAUGGCAGCUACAACUCACCGUUCGGGCCGCGUGGUGUUAGCUGCUCUAGUCGGACCCCCGCCAACAGUCGGGGCAGCUCCGCGUGUAGUGCAGCCCCAGCACCGUUGCCGUUCAACGCAUACCCGAACCUUAUCGAGAUGGUGGACACGGAGGCCGGCUCUCACCGCUCGGCGGCACGCCGGCAGACUGGGAGCAAGGCAUCACGGCAUCAGAAGCACAGCAACGCCGGCUUUUCUCGGAGAACGACUUCCGGAUCUCCGACAACGGCAGCGGAGCCGUUGUCACAGUGCGCCGCCGUCGACGCGCGCAGCAGCAGCAGUCGAGGCGCGAUGAAGCAGGGCGCCUCCAUUCAAAGUGGCUGCGGCACGCAGGUGCCGCGGCAGCGGCGCACGCCGGCUCUUGCAACAGCGUCUUCGCGCCACAGUCAUCGAGAGGAAGAAGCCCGUGCGCAAUAUCGCACGAGCGCGGCCGUGACGGUGGGCAAGAGCCUGGUGACACUGGCUGCGGAGCUUAGUCGUGGCAGCCACAAGGGCAGCGUCGCGAGAGCAACGUGGAAGGCGACUUCGGCGCGUGCGCCUCACGGCGCUGGUGCGAGCGUGAGUGGCAAUGCUGCUGCUGCCGUUUGGGCGGCUGCAUCGGAGAAGAGGAGCAGUGAGUGCUCCUCCUCCGAAGUACGAGCCCACCGGCGCGAGUUGUCUGCCGGCUCUCUGCUGUCUUCGAAUCCUCUCUGCGUCAGCCCUGCGCCCAUCCGUGAUUACUGGCUGACCAUGCUCCUGCGUGCCCCGUUCUGGUGGACGACGCGGACGGCGAUGGCGACGGCAGCGGCGGUGACUGGCGUAGGGGCCGCAACGUCGCCUGCCACACUGCAGCAGCAGAGCGCGCAGCUUGUGCUGUGGUCUUCCGUGCCGAUCGGCGCGGAUGGAGAAGUGGUACCGCCGCAGGAUCUGUGUCGCCUACAGCUCGAGCCAUGGCGGGCGCUCUUGGCCGUCGCGGCGCUGCCGCCGAUCAGCAAGCAAGCCCAGCAAGCGGCGCACCAGAUGCGUGUCUACAGCAAGAUAGUGCCGCCCCAGCAGGUGCGUCUGCGCAGGAUGGCAGAGCGGCAGAAGUUGCGCCACCGUCGCAAUCGACAGAUGCGCUUGCAGGAGGGCAGCCAAGAGCUGCCCGUGUUAACGCUUCCCAGUCUCACAUCGGCGGUCAACGCGGCGAAGACGGCGGCGACGCCGAACGGGGCCGCGCCUUCGGCUGCGGGCGCCGCGGAGCUGGAGGAGCCUGCCGGUAGUGUCGGUGGCGCGGCGGACUCUCUGUUCAUGUGCUCUGCAAUGCUGCCUCUCACGCCGCCCAACACUCCGGAGGACGCGGCAGCGCUGGAGGCGUCCACAACGACAGCCACAGUGGUAUCCGCCAACGCGCCGGCCGUCGUGCACCCUCAACGUCGCAGCACCGGGGAGACCUACGAGGGAUGCACGUCUUCCUUCUCUGAGGUGUGCUUCCCCUCCUUAAUCCCGGCAUCGUCGCGCCCGUCUUGUAUGUCUGAGCACGGCAAGGGCGGCGAACGCAUCCGAUGGGGUGCGCAACAGCACCGGGUGCACCUCAGCGUCGCGGGGAGCAGCAACAGUUGCCUUGACUCGCCGGACGUGACGACGCUGACCACGGCAGCCACGCCCAUCUCAUCGACUUUUUGGAGUAUGAUGCCGAGUGGCGCCCUGGCGCCGCCCGCCUUGGCCAACAUGCACCGCCGCACGCUAACGAACCGGAGUCUUACAGCUCACAACACGGCCAUCGUAACGACGUUGUUGACGUGCCCUGGUGGCGCGGGCGCGAGCAGCAACGGCGCCACCAGCGACACGAGGGGCACGAGAAAUUGGCCAGGCGACAGCCUCUCCGUCAUGCCUGCUCCGCCCGCGGAGCCAAAGCCGCCGUCACGCCGGCUGGCUCCGCUGAAAAAGGAAGCGCUGCGUAGACACGUCCAGCUUCUAGCAGACCUGGACACGAUUGGCAAGCGAGACCAGGUGGUUCGACAACACUACGUGGUUCAGCACCUGCAGCUUUCCAGCGCGAUGACCUACACGGAGUCAGAGGCCAUGAUGCGGCGCUAUCGCGCGCAGAGUCGUCUCGCGCUGGAGCGGCUGAUCUGCGGCGAGGUGGGCGACGCGACAGCAGCCCGUGCGGUGACGGAGAGGACGAAGGAGUUCAACUUCUAG